GGUCUCCAGGUCGAAUGAGGUCACAGACAAACACAGCAACUCAGCUGAAAACACCUUUUUGUGUUGGGUGUAGUCAGCGAAGUCGAUUGCACCACCGACUACCCUCUUGGAGCCGUCCUGUUACCCAGGGAGAUAUGAUACGUCUGGGAGCUAACCCAAGUGCUCUUCUGUUACCUCGAAGAUUCGCUUUUCUCACGACGUGAUUUAAAAAUAUAUAACAUACACAAAUCAUGGGAUCUGCGGCAAAUCGGAACGAAAUCUCGGCGACCAGUAGCCGAUGUGUUGGCCGACGGCAUCUUCCCCCGGGGACGGGCCCCUACAUGGUGGGGACAGUUGACGUAAUGUACGAACACAGUGAAGAUGGGGCAUUCUUCAGACUGUAUUACCCGACACCCAAAACUGACAUAUUCAAAAAGUAUAAGCAAUGGCCUCUUUGGUUACCAAGGAAAGAGUAUGGUCUCGGAUACGUACACUUUUUAGGCAAGAAUCCAAAGGUGUUUGGCAAGCUGUUUAACUGGUUGGGAGGUGAUGUGUACGUGCCUGCGGUAUGGCAGGCGCCGAUGUUGCGCAGUGAUGGCAAGUUCCCUGUCUUGGUGCUGUCUCACGGACUGGGGGGAAACCGCACGACGUACACAACGUUCUGCUGCAACCUCGCGUCACACGGCUUCGUCGUCGCGGCACUUGAACACAGGUAA